AUGCGUUCAGUAUUUGCUAAAAAAUCUAAAACAAAAUUAAAUCCUAAAACAAAACUUGAACCAACCAUAGAAAAUGAAUUAAUGUUAAAAUCAGAAGAGAAACAUUUCACAGAUGAACAAAAUGAUAAUUUACAGAAUAAAUAUACAUUGAGAAGUAAAAUUAUCAAACAUAAUUCACUUGAUAAAAGAAAAUCAGGUGCUAGUUUCAAAUCAUCAUCAUCAUCUCUGAUGUUUAUAUACGUCGUGGAUUAGGUGUAUCAGUGACAUUUGAAUCAACAUUACCAACACAAAUAUGGCAAGCAUCACCAAGUCCUUCACCACCAUUAAGUGAACAAAUAAAAAAUGAUGAAAAUAAUCAAGGUAUUAAAAAUUCUACAUCAUCUUCAUCAAAUUCACAG